AUGACUUUACUAAAAGAUCAUACUAAUAAAGUACCACCACCUGUAACACCACAACAACCACAACCUCAUCAUCAUCAUCAUCAUGGUAUAAAAAAUUUAUUCAGAAGAGAUACAGGAAAUGUAACUCCAACAGAUUCUCAUUCAUCAAUAAAUUCUUCAUCAUCUCAUAUUGGAUUAUCUAAAUUAUUUCAUCAUUCACAUAAAGAUCAUCAUAUAGAUUCUGAUGGUAAUCGAGGGGGUAAUGGAGCUGUAACUCCUCCAAAAAGAACUCAAUCAUCAUUAUCAUUAAGAAGAAGAAAUACAAAUCCAAUUAAUCAACAUAGUCAAAUAAAUAAUAGUAAUAAUUCUCCUACAAAUAUCAAUUCAAAUAGUAAUUCAAAUAAUUCAUUAUCAUCAUUAAAUAAUGCUUUAAAGAUUAAUAGAAAUAGAGCAAAUUCAGAACUAAAUCACAACAACAACCCAAGUUCAACUAAUCUAAUUAAUAAUAUGAAUAAUUUAAAUUUAAAUAAUGGUAAUAUACCACAUAAAAAAUUAACAAAAGCUGAAACUUUUGCUCAUAUGUCACAAUUAGAUUCAAGAAAUGCAGCAAAACAACAAUUAAGAAAUACAAGAAUUCCAACAAAUCAAUCACAAAUAUCAUCAACUCCAGCACAUUCUUCAUCAAAUCAUGAAAAAAUUGUAUAUAAUCCAUAUGGAAUGAUCAAGACACCAAGUCAAGAACAACCAAAAUCAACAAGUUUUUAUUUAUCUGGAGUAAAUGAUGGUGAAAGAGUUUUAGCAAAUCCUGUUGCAAAUCCAAAUGAUUAUUUACCUGAAAAUUUACAAGAAACUCAUAUCAAUUUAUUAGAUGAUUAUGAUAUAGAUGUAUCAAAUAAAAAAUUAGGAGAUGGAGGUUCAUCAGAUGUUAGAAUUAUAAAUUCAUGUAAUGAUAAAAAAAAAUUAUAUGCUUUAAAAAAAUUUACUUUGUUGAGUAAAGAAAGUGAUGAAGAAUUCUACAAGAGAGUUGCAAAAGAAUAUAUUAUUCAUAAAAAGACAACAUCAAAUCAACAUGUUGUUGAUGUUUAUGGAAUUAUUCGUAUACAAUCUCAAGCUAAUUUAACAAGAGGUUGGGGAAUGGUUAUGGAAUAUUGUAAUAAUGGAGAUUUAUUUUCAAUGAUUAUAAGAUCAGGUUGGAAAAAAUCUCCACUUAUGGAAAAAUAUUGUUUUUUUAAACAAAUUUCAAAAGGUUUAAAAUUUAUUCAUGAUCAAGAUAUUGCUCAUAGAGAUAUAAAACCAGAAAAUGUAUUAAUUGACGCAAGGGGAUGUUGUAAAUUAUGUGAUUUUGGUGUUAGUGAUUAUCAACAUGAAAUUCCUGGAGAUUUUAAUAGUCCUAUAAAAUUAUCUACUUCUUAUGUUGGUUCUCCACCAUAUUCACCUCCAGAAGUUAUGUUAUUAAAAGAAAAAUCUCAUAAUGAAAUUAAAAAUUUUGCUUAUAAUAUGUUUAAAGCUGAUUGUUGGGGUUUAGGUAUGCUUUUAUUUUGUAUGAUUUAUUCUGGUGUACCAUUUCAACAAGCUUCACCAUUAGAUCAUGGUUAUAGAGAUUAUCAAUUUAAUCAUAAAAGAUUUUGUACAGAUCAUCAAAAUUUUAAAAAUAAUAAAGGUAUUAAUAAAGGUCCAGGAUCUGAAUUUAAAUUAGCUGCAAAAUUUGAAAGUUCUGGUGCUUCAAGAGUUGCUUGGAAAUUAUGUGAUCCUUCAACUGUUAAAAGAUAUGAUUUAGAUAUGUUAUUUGAUGAUCCUUGGUUUAAAAGUAUAGAAAUUUGUGAUAAUUGUAAUGAUGAUUUAGGUGGUAAUGAAAAUGGAGAAGAAAUUCCUCAUAAAAAAAUUGUUCAUGAUCAUAAUGUUAGUAAUGUUGCAAAUAGUGGUAGAAAACAAUUAUGUCUUUAG